AUGCUAAUGAGAUUUGCACUUCUGUUGUUUACAUCCAUGGCAGGUGCAAUCCUGGGACGCUCAGAGACUCAGGAGUGCAGCUACUACAACUCCAGCUGGGAGAAGGAACGUACCAACCGCAGUGGCACUGAACCAUGCUAUGGUGACAAGGACAAGAGGCGGCACUGCUUUGCCACAUGGAAGAAUAUUUCUGGCACUGUGGAGAUAGUCAAGCAGGGCUGCUGGUUGGAUGACAUCAACUGCUAUGACAGCAAUGAGUGUGUGGAAAGGAAGGAGAAUCCGGAUGUUUUCUUCUGCUGCUGUGAAGGCAACAUGUGCAAUGAGCGCUUCUUGUAUGCACCUGAUACACCCCCACAAAGGGACACCCAGCAAUCAACAGCCUACACCACAUCCAACCCCUUUUCCCAGAAGCCCCAGCUCUUCAGUACUUUGCUUUACUCUUUGGUCCCUGUCAUCGGACUGGCAGCUGUUGUCCUCUUCUCCUUGUGGAUGUGGCGACACCACAAGUUGGCUUAUCCUGCAGCCCUGGUCCCUACACAUCACCCCUUUCACAUUAUGGUGGAGGAUCCUGGCCCUUCACCACCAUCUCCUAUCCUUGGGCAUAAACCAUUGCAGCUGAUUGAGGUGAAGGCGAGAGGACGCUUCGGUUGCGUAUGGAAGGCCCAGCUGCUGAGUGAAUACGUGGCUGUGAAGAUCUUCCCGAUUCAGGACAAACUUUCCUGGCAGAAUGAGUACGAAAUUUACAGCGUGAGCGGUAUGAAGCACGAAAAUAUCCUCCACUUCAUCGGCGUGGAGAAGAGGAACAACAACCUCGACUUGGAGCUGUGGCUCAUCACCACCUACCAUGACAAGGGCUCGUUGACGGACUACCUGAAGGCUAACGUCGUGUCCUGGAAUGAGCUGUGCCACAUAGCCCAGACGGCCGCAAGAGGCCUGGCUUACCUCCAUGAAGAUAUCCCAGGACACAAAGAUGGACACAAGCCCUCCAUCGCUCACAGGGACAUCAAGAGCAAGAACGUGCUCCUCAAAAACAAUCUGACGGCUUGCAUUGCUGAUUUUGGUCUUGCACUUAAAUUCGAAGCUGGAAAAUCAGCAGGAGACACUCAUGGACAAGUUGGAACACGGCGUUACAUGGCUCCUGAAGUCCUCGAGGGAGCCAUUAACUUCCAGCGUGACUCCUUUCUGCGCAUCGACAUGUAUGCCUUCGGCCUUGUCCUGUGGGAGCUGGCUGUGCGAUGCACUGCUGCCGACGGCCCAGUAGACGAGUACAUGCUGCCGUUCGAGGAAGAGGUGGGUCAGCAUCCAUCUCUGGAGGACAUGCAGGAGGUGGUUGUGCACAAGAAGCUGCGGCCCUGCCUUCGAGACUGCUGGCAGAAACACAUGGGUCUAGCCAUGCUCUGUGAAACAAUUGAGGACUGCUGGGACCACGAGGCCGAGGCCCGCCUGUCUGCCGGCUGCGUCGAGGAGCGUAUUGGCCAAAUGCAGCGACAGGCUCCGAUCAUCGGACCUGAGGAGAUAGUCACCGUUGUCACCAUGGUGACCAAUGUCGACCUCCCUCCCAAGGAGUCCAGCUUAUGA